AUGGAGGCCAGGUGUCAAUGCGGCUCCGUGAGCUUCAAGACUCCUCUUCCUCAGCCUCUUGCUCUCUACAUCUGUCACUGCGAUGCCUGUAGGCGACAGACAGGCUCGGCUUUUGGUACUUCGGCCAUCUUUCCUCGGUUUGAGUUGCCGGACUCGGAUCUAUUGAGUGUUUAUAGUCGACCUACAGCGUCAGGACAUCAACUUUACUGUUACUUUUGCCGCAAAUGCGGAACUCGUCUCAUUCACUCCACGCCUUCCAAAAACGUCAUAUCCGUCAAAGGAGGCUGCCUCGAUGGGCUGGACUGGAAACGUGCGGUUCACAUCUGGACCAAGACGGCCAUGGUGCCCAUCCCCGAAGGGUCUGAAACGCACUCAGAGGAGUCCGGAUAUACGGACUACGGGUCGACCCAGGAGGAGCUGGACCAGCCUGGAGAUCUGGUGGGGAGUGCUGGGUGCAACGUGCCUGUCGCCGAGAGGUAUUCUUCAGGCGCCGCCGAGGCGAAUGGGGAUGCUGGUGUGACUGGUGAUACGUAA